CACUGCAGAAAGUCUGCAACAGCCUCAACCGCCCAGUGUGUGUGUUUGCAGCCUGCAUAGCUUGCUGGCGGACUGUCACCUUCUUCUCCACUUGAAACUUCCAUUACUUUGCAUGAGAUAAGCCUACUUACUAAUCGUUCUCCCGGCCGUGAAAGCGCGUCAGUGUGGCCGUGUUCAGUUUCUAGUACGUUUCUAGUGUGACUUGCGAAGUGAAGAAAUCUUCGGAAGUGGAUUGUAGAAAACUUCACCAUCACGAUGCGAGCGAUUAACCUCGAUACCUAUAGCCUGUCACUGCUCACGGCCAAAGAGGACAUUCUCAACCCCCGCUCAUCAACCAACUGGGCUCUAUUUACCUACGAUGGGGUCACCAACAACCUCAAACUGGCUGACUCUGGAGCGGGUGGAGUGGUGGAGUUGUCAGGGAAGUUCCACAUAGCCAGGCCUUUGUAUGGGCUCUGCAGGGCUGGCUCAGCCGAGACAGGAGGCCCUCGGGUCGCCAUGAUCUGCUGGGUCGGGCCAAACGUGGAUGAAUACCGCAGGACGGAAUGUGCCAGCCAUGUGCCCGCUAUCAAGGCCUUCUUCAAGGAGGCUCAUGUGUUUAUCAGUGCUGAGAGUACUGAGGAUGUCACAGAGGAGAAGAUAGGCACUGAGCUCAGUAAAGUCCGUCCCCAGACAGAGCAUGUCAGAAGAAGCAGUCGGUCCAAGGACAAGGAGGAGACAGUGGGCACUAACUACAGGAAGACUAACGCUGCCAUGGAGAUGAGACGGGCCAACAGAGACUCCUUCUGGGCACGUGCAGAGCGUGAGGAGGAAGAGAGGAAGGAGGAAGAGCGGAAGCGAGCAGUGGAGGAGAGACGCCGUUGGGAGAAAGAGAGAGUGCUGAAGGAACGGAAAGAGGCUGACGAGAGGGAGAGGAAAAUGAACGAGAAACUACAGAUGAUCGAAGGGCAGAGGAGAAUGCAGGCCCAGCUGGAGGCAGAAGUGAGGAAGCAGGAGAAAUCAAGAUGGGAGCUGCAGCAGAGAGAGCAUGAGGAGGACAUGAGAGCUCGCUUGAGACGCAGCGAGUCCAUCGAGAAAGCAGCAGAGGCAGCAGUGCUGGUAUCACAGCGCUCCAUGAACCCCAGAGAGUUCUUCAGACAGCUGUCAUCAUCAUCGUCCCAAAGCCCAUCCAGCCCCGGCUCCCCCCGUACAGGCAAACCUCCAUUAAGGCGGUACCAGCGCAGCCUGACCGACACAGCAUUCAUCUUUGGGAAAUGGGACGGCCCCACUCCGACCUCCCCCCGCAGUCCAACAUUGGUUUCACCCUUCUCCCGUGUCCCCUCCUCCCCCUUCCACCGCACCAUGUCUCCACCCAGCACCAGCUUCCGCCCAAUCACCUCUCCCCAGAGCCCCCGCGCCCCCCUGGUGUCCCCUCCCACAUCACCCCUCCACUCCGCCCCUGCUGUCUCAGCCCGGCCUACCCUCCCAUCACCCAGCCCCCAGUCUCAGCCUCCAACCCAGCCCUCUGCCCCCCCAGCCUCUCCAGGCUUCCUAGCCACCCUGACCCCCACCAUUCCAGAGAACCAGAACCAGGCUCAGGUUCUGCCACCAUUUCCCCCAGAUACCCCUCCCCAGUCCCAGCCUGAGUGCUCCCCCUCUCCACCAGUCUCCCUGGAGCCUGCCCCAGCACCACAGCCUCCCACUGUCCCCCUGCCAGAGAGUCCACUGCAGUCAACAGAGCAGUACACAGCCGUACAAGCCAUACUGGUGGAGGAAGAUGAAGAUGAGGAAGAACAGACAGAGCCUGAGCCCAGUGUUGGGAAUACAGAGCCAUGCCCAAACAUGGAGGAGGGAGAGGAGGGCUCAGCACCAGAUUCAGACUCUUUAGCGGUGCAGGAGCCUGUGGCAGAGGAACAAGAGAAGGAGGACCAAUCAGAUGACGUCCAGGCCUCUACUAAGCCAGUGCUGGUGGAGCUUUCAGAAGAGGAUGAGGAGCCAGCUGUCACAGAUGCAGAGGUUAUUCUUCAGCCAAUCACACAAGAGGUUGUGGUCCCAUCCACCAAUGGGGUGAGAGAUGAGGGGGAGUUGGUGGAACACAAUGGUACAGAACGAUCCAUGAGUCCAUCUGAAAGGGACCAAGAUACUCCGGAGUUGGCUGUUUGUUUCGAUGAUGAAAUUGAGGAGGACUUUGUUGAAGAGAUUGAGGACCAGGAGAUUUCAGAGAAUGGAAAAGAUAUUUCACCAGACAGACAGAUGUGUGUUCGAGCUCUCUAUGACUACCAAGCAGAGGACGAAUCAGAGAUCUCUUUUGAGCCAGGUGACAUCAUAAGUGCUGUGGAAACGGUGGACAAGGUCUGGUGGCGUGGCUUCAGUAAAGAUGGACGCCUGGGACUCUUCCCAGCCAAUUACGUGGAGACCAUCUAGACACACACACACCACAGACACACACACACACACACACACUCAGGGACUGAACACUCAUUCCCCAUACAGUGAAAUCACCAAAGUAUACAUGCUGCAUACAUAAACCCCUUAACUUCAAUAGACACAUUGAACAACUUCCAUUGGAUUCCAUGCGAUAAUUUCAUUCCCCUUCCGACUCGGCUGUGUUGUGGGGGAAGCCAGUGUCUCCUGUUCUAACCACUGGCAGACUCCUAGCUGGCCGAAACACACAGUUGUGGACUAGCAAGAUCCCCCCCCCCCCCUCUCCCAUCCUUCACUCCACAAGGAGGAGGACUGGGAAAGAGAGGGAGCACCAGAUGGGAUGUCUGCAGGCUCAAUCAGUCCCUCUUAUUACAACCUAAUAUUCUGGUGAUUGUUGUUACUAUUAGCAUACUGUCUAUGUGGAUGUGUCGUUCCCUUGGUACAUUUAACAGCGUUUUCCAUGUUGUAAGGGACUGUCUUUCUUGUUCCUGUAUCGGUGUUAUUUUAUGUGUGCAUAAUCUGUGUUUUAUCUACACUUUUUUUAUUUUAUCCAAGCAGCAUGGUAUUCCUAUCUGAUACUAAUUGAUAGCGUUGUGCUAAUUUCACAUAAAUGAAAAAUGCUACUUGUAAAUCAAACUGUCUCUUUGAAGCGAGAGUUUUUUUUAAAAGUCAUUAAGUCUUAAUACACCUCUCUUGUACAUAAGAAUGUAUAGUGACAUGCAUUUUGGUUUAUUUUGCUUUGUCAUUCUACAAGUGUGUAUGGUUUGUGUUCCCUGCAUUUACUCCACAUUUACAAAUAGUAGCCUAUACCAUUUAUGAACUCAUGAUACUCUUAAACUCUAGCUCAUAUAUAUAUAUUACAGGUCUCAUUAGUUUUUGUUCCUACAUUAAAAUACAAAAUACUAUUUUAAAGGUAUUUCUUUAUUCAUGAAAAACAGCAUACAAAGCAUGAAACGUGAAGCAGGAAGUAACUUUACAUAAUGCAUAUCAUACUGUUUUGUUUUUUAAACAACCAACAGGGAAAUACUACUACAAGUUACGUUGUAAUCACAGAAACCUAGAAGUUGUGUUGGAACAAGAAUUAUAAUUUAAUUUAAUAGAACUGAACAAAAACAUCAAUUUUGUAUUUUUCCCCCAUAAUAAUCAGCUUAGUACAAUUUUUUUUUUAAACGUAAAACACUUGCACAUAUUCAUGAGAAUUUUUUUUUUUAAUAUAUUCUGAGAAAUAUAAUGGCUAUGUACAUAUAAAUCAUUUUGCAGAGUUGUCUUUUUACCAGGUAACAUACUGUACAUUAGCCUCGCAUGUUUGAGAGAGGCUAAUGUACAGUCCACAUUUACUUGAUUAUUGGUCAAUUUACACCUUUAAACUUUCCUCACAGGACCAGAGAAGUGAGGGUGAGACACUCAUUCGGCCAUCCAAAUCUUUAGGCAUUAUUAGUCCAUAUUCUGUGUCCAAAAUGACGCCGUCCACCUGAGCAGUCUUUUCUGUACCACACAACCCUGUCAGACUCAGUAGAAUUAGAGUUCCAGAUGGGAGCAACCUUUUUCUCAGUCUGAUAAGAACUCUGAUGGGCUCAGACUUGGGGCAAACCAACAGAACAUAAUUGAACCUUUGAACUGAGGUGGGUUCAACAGGGGAAAAAGUUCCCAAAUGUUUGGGAACCUUGCUUGAACUCACCUCUGUCACUGUCAUAAACGACUCCAUAUUCACACGACGCUCAUGAUGCCCUGUGUGGUUGAGCAUCAAUGAGGAAAUAAAUAGGGAGGAGUUCCCUAACACAAAUCUGUGAACACAUCAGUCCCUCCCAUACCAGGCAACUGUAAACACAAAGUUGUCUAUGGUAAGGUUAGGGAUGUGGAGAGAGGUGCUUUUCUCAGCCAGCUGCACCAGGCUACCUACGUCCUCCUUAAGGUUUGCCCGGGAUCUGCCCAUUGGCCAAAAACCUGCCUGGUACUCUCAAACUGUCAUGUUAUCCCCACCUCUUGCACCCUUACACUGCAGGUUUAAUGUCUCCUGUAUGAACAGGCAGUAGUGGUUUAAAGCCCUGCAAACGGUGAGCGGUAUUGUGUGCUGCAAUGACCAACUAGGUCCCCUGCGCUCAAGCUUGUACCACCCAGAGUCUGACUGAGUGAGAUCAUGGAUCUGUAAUCUCCUGGUAGAUAAUUUUAGUCGAUCCCUUUAAACCAGCAGCCAGCAUGAAAUUCUCAGAUGAAGGUUUUAGAAAUGGUCCACAGCAACAUGCUUUCUUUAGUUUUAUACGUGAAAAUCAAACGGUUGCCAAUCAGUGGAAAUGACUCGCCAGUGAAACGGGAAUAAACAUCACCUUCUGCCACAA